AUGGACCAGAACAUUGUUGACCUCAUCUCGGACUCCGAGGAGAGCCCAGUUGCAGCGGAGAAGGCAGAACGUUCGGGUGUGUUCCAUGAUCCGGAUCUACAGGAGGCCAUUGAGCUGUCCCUGCGCUGCCAGUCCUCUAUUUCGCCCCCUACUUUGCGACUGGAAGGGCGACCGGCAGGGGGGGCGAGACUGAACGCUAUUGAUAUUGAUAAUAAAUCGCCUUCUCCAUCACCAAGAGCGGGUGUCAGUCAGGCUCCAGCUACGUCGCUGCUCGGCCUCGAUCGCAGAAAACAAGAAGAGGAAAGGUUGGCGCGGCUGGCCAAGAAGCGGAAAGCAGAGGGCGACGUCUCAGACACUUCGUCUGAGCUGCAUUCCAAAAUCGCGCGGCUCAAGAGCGUCAGUUCUUCUGUGGCGCCGCCGAACAAGGACGAUGCCGCCACUGCUCGCCCAGCGGCGUCGCAUCCUACGCUACAAUACCCCGACGGCGCGGUGAAGAAAACUUGGGUGCAUGGGUGUGCGCGAGAGGAUGACAUUAAAUUCGAGGAAGUGGUGCUCAAAGAGCAUCUCCAGCUCGCGGUGCUCAGCUCGUUCCAAUGGAACAUGGACUGGCUCUUCACCAAGUUCGAUGUACAGAAGACUCGGUUUUUAUUGGUGAUGGGGGGCAAAGAUGAGAACAUGAAGCAGGAGAUGACGCAGGAUUUUGAAGGGAUCCCCAGCGUCCGGCUGUGCUUUGUUCCGAUGGCGAGGCAGGUGAUGUGCAUGCAUUCGAAGCUGAUGCUGCUGUUCUACGCGGACUCGAUGCGCAUCGUGGUGCCGAGCGCGAAUCUGGUGCCUUACGACUGGGGGGAAGAUGCGGUGCUGGAGAAUAUGGUGUUUCUGAUCGACCUUCCGCGCAAGCAGCAAGCGGGCGCGAACAGCACACCGACGUUCUUCUUCACGGAGCUGGUGUACUUCCUCCGGGCGCAGACGAUCCACGCGAACAUUGUGGCGCGGUUGGACGAGUUUGAUUUCAGCAAGACGGCGAACUACGCGUUCGUGCAUACCAUGUAUGUAUGCAUGCAUUGCGGGGUGGGCAGUGUGGUUCUACGUGGCUAA